AGAGGCUUGCAUAUUAGACGGUACCCAGAUGAUAAGGACAAAUAUACAAUGUAUUUAUGACGUUGCCAGUACAAAUCAUAACAAUGAGGUACUACCAUCACGUUACACUGACAUUCUGAAAUUUAAGAAGAUCCCAAGGUUGCACGGAGAGGUCGCUGAAACUGUCGCCAUUGUGGCUCAAACUGACUCCGAAUGAUUACACCCUGUCCUUAACUGACCCCUUUCCAAGAGCCAAGAUGGCGACAGCAUGCGUAAAACCUUUCGUACUUAUAACCUUGAAAGGAGCUAUCGUAACACUAUUAUUUUAACGGCCAGAAAACACGAAUUCGUUUUCUUUUACUCCCAUCUUACAUCAGCAAAAUAAUAAUACGAUCACAUGAAUUAUUUUAUUUAUUUUACCCGGGAUGCCCUUCCCAAAUUCAGUUCCUGGAUUCGAAGGCUCAACCGUCUGUUUACGGUUACUAAGAGCCAUGGCGGUGUCGCUAAGGUUUCUGAUUUUCUUUAACUUCGCCUCUAUCACUCGUUUGCAAACGUUUACCACGUCUCUGGCGCAGAGUGGAGACACCGGAGCGACAACGGCAAACGAGCCGUUCCCCCCAGCAGACACGAACGACUUCAACACUACGGCGGAGAACUUUGCGGCAGCUUCUGUCUCCCAGACGGCCGGAGCUGCUCCCGAACCGCCGACAGCUGAGUCAGCCGAGACGGGGGCCGCACAGCCGACCAGCGCAAGCGGUUUCCCCUCUCCUCUCAGCACCCCUGAGACGAACACAGCCCCUCAACCCGAGGCGACAGCCCGGAGCGACGUGUCUCCGAGAGCCGAGGCGCCAACAGCUGCGACCACAUCGGUCCCCUCUUCUCGGCCUCUGCCGCUCUCGGGUUCCCUUCCUCCGCCUAUUACUAACGUCGCGAACGUGUGUCCCUGCGAUCUGCUGGCGAGUCAGUGUGACGUCAACUGCUGCUGCGACAGGGACUGCGAGGGCGAUUUCGCUCUCUUCACCACCUGCACCGUCGACAGACUGAUUGCUGACUCCCGGCUCUGCAGCCAGCAAGCUGCUCUCUACACCAUUAACACAGAAGAUGGCCUAGCGCAGGUAGAAUCCACUGUAGCGCAAGAGAUCAACCCAGGUGUCUUCUGCAUCCAGACUGCCAACUAUAAGGAUGGCUUGUCAUUUGCUUCUCCGGAGAUUCCCACAGAUGGGAAUUUUGACAGUCUGUUCAGGCAGUUCGGUGGGUUCUUCUUCAGCCCCGCAGAUGGAGGUGGGACCGAUACCGCCCCCGACAGGGCAGACCUGCAGGCCGCCUCUGGCUACCAGUAUGGCGAUGUCAUUCAGACGGUGGACGGAGCAAGGAUCCGAGGGGUUCUGAAGCUGCCGGCUCCCACGGCCACAUCCCAGUGCUCCGACACCAAUCCUGCCGCCUUUUUGGAAAACCAGGUAACCCAGUGCAGUCGGAGCCUCAACAUAGCAGCUGAAUGUACCAAACUGACAGCACUCAGCCAGCAGAGCUACCUCAGUUUCCAGGUCCUCUCUGUUAAAAAUGACAUCAAUAAACAGCUUGUCAAUGUCAGUGUGAGCUCCAUCACGCUGCAGGCCCUUAAUGGGGCUCGAAGUCGACUGGGCUCCGCUGACAGCUCUCUGUACAACCCCGUGCUGCUGGAAGAAAGCUCCGUGUGCAACAACGCAGUGCUCCAAGUUGGGUAUGUGGUCACCUACAGUGAAGCUGGCGCAAUUGUGAAUAUUGCAGUGUCUUUUGUCCUGGGAGCCGUUGACAGUUCCAAAGUGCCGAUACAACAGAAGUUUCAGAUCACCUUUGUGCAGGAGAAUACAAGUCCCGUUCCUGUAAGUGGAAAUCCAGGAUACGUUGUUGGGCUCCCUCUAGUGGCUGGCUGGAGACAAGACGAUUCCGGCAUCGCGCAGAGCGCCAACAGUUUUGCAGGGCUGACUGUCCUUAAGAGCGCCAGCCUUCAGGACUGCCUGGAGACGGCUGGAGAGAGGACCCCAGUCUUGUUUGGGGUGAACAUGGUGUCAGGAUGUACGCUGAGGGUGAACAGUGCUGAUAACUGCACAGUGGUAUCUGAACAGACCCUAGGGGUGCUGAGGGGCCAGGAGUUUCCCCAGUACGUGGCAUCCUUUGGGAAUUCCCAGCCCCAGGAUAUCUUGGAUUGGGUGCCAGUCAAGAUCCAAACUACCACAGCUAGCUCGACCAGCUGCAGCAUACCCCUGUCCCUCGAUAUCGAAGUGAGGUGGACGAAGUACGGGUCUCUGGCGAACCCCCAGGCGCGGAUACUGAAUGUCACUGCAAGCAUCUCCACGAACUCCAGCAGCCUGCCGUCUCUCGCCGGAGGAGAAGGCAUCCUGCAGAUCUCCACCUCGGUGGCCUUCGUUGACGUCUCGGCUCCCGCACAGCCAGGCUACAGAGCCCAGCCCACCAUUGAUGCCAAGCUGCCCUUUGACUUCUUCUUCCCGUUCGUGUGAGGCAGGCCGCGAUGUGAGAAGGCAUCUGCCGAGUGGGGGUUGAUGACUCCACAAUACUGUUUGCACUGCAGUGUAAUGGGGAGGACUGAUGUACAGGAUUUCAUAAAUCACCUUAGUGUUAUACAUGAACAUUUUCCUCCCUGAACAUAGCUGCUUUGUGCAACUUUCUAACUCAAGGAACACUUAAUUCAACUUGGGGAGUUUUAUUCAACUCAGUGCUGGUCUUGCUAUGCCACACAUGAAUGUCAUUCUUCUCAGGUCAUUCUUUUAAUUUUUUUAAGGGCUUUGGCGCUCAGUGGCCACAGGAUUUUCAAGUCUAAAGCACUCGAUAAUUUAAGAAGGCCUGUGAAACCCGUUAGACGGUAGCUCUCAGGGUUCCCCUUAUAGAUACUUUCAAGAACAGGAGGGCUGAGGGCUAGUUAGUAGUUCUCACUAAACUGCAUUGAUUUUGCCCAAGAAGUAAUUGUGUAUCAAAUGUUUGGUACAAUCUCUACCACUCUAUCUCCCCGCAAAAAACAAUCUAGCCAUAUUUUACAAGAUUUGUACAGCAGGCUACUCUUACACCUUUUUGGUGUUUGAAGACUGUAAAACCAGUUUACCACUAGUAAUUCUGUUUUAGCUGAGACCCAACUUCAUUUAAAACCUCUAUGCUCCGGGCAGUUGGAAAACAUACAGGCCCGGGACUGAUGGUAGCCGUCUUUCCAUUGGAUAGAAGGAAAGAGCAACCUUUUGCAGUAAAGAAGUUGGCAUCAAUUACAUCACUGGCAUUUCCAGCUGGCAAGAUUGGAAACUGCUUUUAUCUGGAUCCAAGGUGUGUUUUCGCACUGAGGGAUGCUUACAGCUGUGUAAUAUAGUCAUUGAGGAGCUCAAGGCCACUUGCGGUUCUGCGUGUGUUGUGCCUGUUUCUUGCGACGCAGGUAGACUGCACUGCAGCAAGUAGCUUCUCUAUCAUUGCAUUCAUCUUGUUUAGUACUGUACUGUGCAAACCACAUCCUAUUGACAAUCUUAACAGUAAGAGAGAAAGCUUAGCCCACAUAAGCCAUAUAUUUGGUUGGGUUGCAGCAACCAUUGUCAGCGAUGGCCUUAGUUCACCUUUGUUUCCUAAUGGUUGUGAUUGAAUAGGCUACCAGCACUACUGAUUGAAAGAUUCUGCUCUUUUAAUUCAUCAAGCUUUCUGAGGAAUCAAUUCCUUAAAAAAACCAUAGGCGAUGUGUGUUGUAAAUUUACUUGUGUUAAACUACAAGCUAUUUAUUGUAAACUGUAUAUAUAUUGUAAAUGGUUUAACUCUUUGAUAAAAAAUGUAAUAUGCUUUUUUAUAAGUUAUAAUGAUGAAACAUCCAAAUCUAUUAACUUGACCGUUAACCAAAGUGUUAUAAAAGUUUUAAAAAGCAAGACAGAUUAUAAAUAUAGAAUGUAAAUACAGACUCAUUUCAUGUACAAUGUUUGCAAUCUUUAAUGCCAUUAGCAAUGGUAUAUUUUGUUUGUGACAAUAUGAAUUUUGGAUAAAGACUCUCCCUUA